AUGAAGCAAGCUGGUGGUGUGGUAGUAGCAGCUGAACUAUUGUGUGACCAUACAAUCUUCAGUGAAGGGGAAGUUCCAAAGUCAGCAACCAUAGGUCUCUGCGCGUCAACCCCUAAGUCUCAAUCUCUGGUGCGCGGAGCCUCGCCGCAAUUGGCGAUUCAGAGGCUCGCGUCGCCGGAGAAGGGAGAUGUCGAGAAUAAGAGUGUGAAGGCUAUAGUCAAGCCCAAACCUGGGACGCCAGCUGACCUUGUCCGCCAGGCUCACGAUCUUCUCAUCUAUGUUGAUCAAAAUAACGACACUCGUGCAACCAAGCGCGAAGAGAAGAUGUUGGAGUUGGGCAAGGUUAUCCGUGAGCUAAAAGUAAUUCUUUAUGGAAAUAGUGAAGCUGAGCCAGUAUCUGAAGCUUGUGCACAAUUAACAAGGGAGUUCUUCAAAGAGAACACUAUGCGUUUGUUCAUUAUCUGUCUUCCAAAACUUAACUUAGAGACCCGUAAAGAUGCUACUCAAGUAAUUGCAAACUUGCAAAGGCAACCAGUCAAUUCGCGGUUGAUUGCUUGCGAUUACUUAGAAGUGAACACAGAUUUGAUGGAUAUCUUGGUAAAUGGUUAUGAGGAGCCAGAUAUGGCCCUACAUUAUGGUGCAAUGUUGAGGGAAUGUAUACGCCACCAGAGUGUUGCAAGAUAUGUUUUGGAGUCGAAACAUAUGAAGAAAUUAUUUGACUACAUACAGCUUCCAAAUUUUGACAUUGCUGCUGAUGCUGCUGCAACUUUCAAGGAACUCUUGACAAGGCACAAAACGACUGUAGCUGAAUUCCUUUCCAAGAACUAUGAUUGGUUUUUUGCAGAGUAUAAUUCGAAGCUGCUUGAAUCUCCUAACUAUAUUACCAGAAGACAAGCUAUUAAGUUGUUGGGGGACAUGCUGUUGGAUCGCUCAAAUUCUGCUGUUAUGACGCGCUAUGUGAGUUCAAGGGACAAUCUAAGGAUACUAAUGAAUCUUCUCAGGGAAUCAAGCAAGACCAUCCAGAUAGAAGCUUUUCAUGUCUUUAAGUUAUUUGCUGCCAAUCAACAUAAGCCGCUGGAUAUUGUUAAUAUUCUUAUCGCAAAUAGGAGUAAACUCCUGAGGCUGUUCGCUGAUUUCAAGACAGAUAAAGAGGAUGAACAGUUUGAAGCAGAUAAAGCUCAAGUUGUUAAGGAAAUUGCAGCACUUGAGCCGAAAGAUCAUCCUUGAACUGAGUUUUAUUUCAUGAUUGGUCUAAUAAGAGAUUUAUACCAUCCUUAAUAUAAAUUUGUUUACAUUGAAUCUACCAAAAAUAAAAAGAAAGAUGUGAAAAUGCAUUUUCUGUAAAGAAAAUAUAGUGUUAUAACUUGUAAUGUGGUAUUUAAUGAAUUAAUUAAAAUCCCAUUAGUAUUUGUUAGUUGUUACCCUUUGGCAUUUUUUGUUGUUGUAAAUAAUCUUGUGGUUGCCUGUCUUUCAACCUUUGAAGAGAUUUGUUGCAUUUUGGAUUUGACAA